GCUCCGGAAGUGGGCAGUUCCUUUAUCCGAUCCUAGCAGAAAAAAGGUGAAAAUGGCGACGUCCAGUGUAUUCCGAAGACCUUCCAGGCCUCGAAGUAGCUCCAAAAAGAGUGUUUUAUAUGAUGCUGAUGGCAACGAAGUUGAGGUUGAAACUAGAGAAGAUGAGGAACAGAAUAUCAAGCUGGGAGAAACGAUUGAGCUGCUUGUUGCUGCUGGUUAUUUCAGGGCCAGGAUCAAGGGACUUUCUCCCUUUGAUAAGGUUGUCGGCGGUAUGACUUGGUGUAUUACGACAUGCAAUUUUGAUAUUGAUGUUGAUCUACUCUUCCAAGAAAACUCCACUAUUGGCCAGAAAAUUGCUCUUACUGAAAAGAUUGUAGCUGUUCUACCAAGGAUGAAAUGUCCUCAUCGGAUUGAACCUCAUCAGAUUCAGGGUCUGGAUUUCAUUCAUAUCUAUCCUGUAGUUCAGUGGUUGGUGAAGAGAGCAAUAGAGACAAGAGAGGAGAUGGGUGAUCAGAUCAGAGCAUUUUCAAUCUCACAGUUCAGCAAAAAUCACAAAACACCAGAGGAUGUUGAUUUCGAUAACAGGAAGGACACUUCCAUUUCAACAGUAGGGGAGGUCAAGGAUUCCUACAAAGCUCAGAGGAAAUACCGCCGAUCUGAUGCUCACAAGCUGAGGGAUGAAGAACUAAGAGUUCAAUCAACUUUACUUGAGUACGGAAGGAGAUAUGGUGUUGGAGGAAGCAGUCAAAAUGAGAAAGAAUCUGAAAAGGACCCAAAGAAGAAAGCAGUAGCUGCUGGUCUAUCACCGGUCACCAAGGGAGGAGCAGGAGGAGAGGAUGCGGAGGAGGAGAGAAUAAAGGAAGAGAAGAGGAUUCAGGCUUUGAUGAAAGGCAUGGCUGCUAUGGAAGUAGAAGAGGGUAAAGUUACAGCUAGUAUGGUGGGUAGCAUUGUUGGAUUACAAUCAGAUGUCAUUGGCCAACUAGCUGAGGAAUAUGCAGAAAGGAAAUCUGAGUUACAACAGAUGGAAGAUAAACCAGAGAGGAUGAGUGGAGCCCAACAGCACCAGAGGAUUAAGACAUCAUUACAAAAACAGAUUACAGCUAUUAAUAAGAAAGUAGAUGAGUCGAAGGUGUCUGCAGAGAGUCAGCAGCAAGCAUAUAGCGAAGCCCAACAGAGACUGCAGGAAGUCGAUUCAUACUCAUCAAGGAUUGAUGAUGAGAUGGCUAAACUAGAUGAAGUUGGAGGAGAGAACAAAGCAGUCCUUCAGGAGCUAAGAGGUCUGGUAGCAAUGAACGAAAGUCUGAAGAAACAAGAACAAGAAUUCAGGGCACAUUGUAAGGAAGAGAUGCAGAGAUUGAAGCAGAGUAUAGCUGACCUCCGAGGUCUGGAUGGAAGUGGUGAGGUACAAAUGUCUGAGAGAGAUCAACUUAUCGCUAGACAAUAUGAAGCAGAUAAGGAGAAACUUCAGAAGAUAAGACUGCUCCAGGCUCGUAAGAACCGUGAGAUUUCUCAACUCCAAAGGAAGAUAGAUGAAGUGCCUACGAGAGCAGAGCUAACUCAGUACCAGAAGAGAUUUGUUGAACUUUACAACCAAGUUGCCAGCACCCAUAGGGAGACGAAGCAAUUCUACACUCUUUACAAUACGCUGGAUGAUACCAAACUAUACUUAGAUAAAGAAGUCUCGUUACUCAACUCCAUCUAUGAUAAUUUUGAGCAAGCAAUGUCUUCAUCAUCUGGAAAGGACCAGUUUCUGAAACAGUUUGAUCAAAUCGUCAAUGGAGUCAAGCAAAACUCAUCAAAGGUUGAGAAGAAGAAACAAGAAGAAAAGAUGAAGAGAGAUCAACUCAAUGAUACCUAUCUAGAUCUGGUUGAAAAACAGAGAUUGUACUUCAAAACAGUCAAAGAAUUUCAAGAGGAAUGCCGAAAGAAUGAAAUCCUACUGUCCAAACUUCAAGCGGCAAAUUGAGCAAAAUGACGUCAUCAACAAACUUCCAGCUCAGCAGUGUUAUUGCCAAAGCCUCUGUAGCUUAUCAGUACAAUGGACAAGAGACAUCCAAGGAAAUAUCCUAUUUAGAAAUACCUUUGUUUGGCAAUUGCCCUCUCUUCCCCUACAGGUUUCAAAAGGUUUUAGAUCAGGUUUCUCUUGAUCUACAAGCAGUUGGUAUACUUUUUAGAUAGUCUAAUACCACUUGGGCUAAACCAGUUUGGUCUGCUAUCAAUCUGGUCUAAUGUUGGUCUAUUUCUCAGAUAGUCUACUACCCACAUGGGCUACACCAGUUGAUCUACCCACUAAUUUAGUCUAAUGCCCUGUUGGUCUUAUUUCCAGAUCAUCCACUCAUCUUUACUUUGUAAAAAGAAAAUUUGGUUGAUAAACUGUUCAUCUAACCAUGUAGACUGAGUGGCAUUAGACCAAGUGGAUAUUAGACCAAAUGGGUAUAGGCUUAAUGAAAAUUAUUUUAAAUGGUAAAUGGGCUUAAUCAGGCCAAAUGGUUAGUAGACAAACAAGGAUUAGACCAUGUGGGACUAUAAGUAGACAAAGUGCAUGUAAACCAAUCAGCAAUUUACUUUUUGAAACACCAUAGGAUAGUUACAUAGUAAAUUCAAAUAGUCAUUUUUUUAAUGUUUAAACAAGAUGUGCUUUUAACUAGUAAUGUUGAUCUAUGCAACUCAACAUCUAAACAGUAUGAGGGGUACUCUAUGUCACCUCUUUCAGACGAGUGAAAUGUGGCAUACUUAUUAGUGCUUGUCUGAAUUUGGCUAGACAUAAGGGUUUAUUGGGAAACAGUAGAAAUUAGGAUAUAGAUUGGGUUAGGUUUCUUCUACCUGUAUGGCAUGAAUUGCAGAUUUUCUAUCAUGGCAGUCAUUGCUGUCGCCAAUUUCCAUGGAUCAAAAUGGUUUACAAGGGUCCUGUUUUUCUUAAAGUUAAAACUAUUGUAACUUUGCCAUUAUGGCUAUUACCAUGGUAACAGGGCACACAAUCAAGGUAUCCAUGGUAAUUACAAUAGUGGCAAAUGUACAAUCAAUUUAAAUUACAAUUGUCUUUAUGAAACGGGCCACAGGAAAGUCUCUGCGUUAAUCCAAUGUACUUGUACACCAUAUUUCUCUCUGAGUGAUAUAAUAAUAUGUUCCAUUUGUAUAGUACAGCUACUAUAAUUAUACUCUACUGCGCCUUGUUCUUCCCUGCACUAGGGAUUUAUCAUUCAGUUAAAUAUAUUUCAUUUAUUUAUUCAAUUCUCUCUAAUGGGGCAUGCUAGGUAGCAAUGGUUGACUCACAAGGAAGAGUAGAUCUCUCAUGAUGAAUGAAUGUUGGCAACGCAUGUUUUAUGAAGUGCAUGAAUUGGUGAUUAAUACUUGAGCUUUUCUCCUAUUUCUUUCAUUAACUGGUGAAAAUAUUAGUAUACAAUCUGAAUUCAGACAUUUUCACUUCCACUUAUAUCCCAUUCUCAGGCUGAUAGAAUUCCUUUUGUUUUGUUUCUUGAUAGGAUCAGGGAAAAUUCAUCAUAGGUUUCUAUUGUUAGUAUUUGGUAAUAAGUUCUGUGAAUUUGGACCCAAAGGUUUUUAUAUUCUUUAUAUAAUAAACAUAAAUUGGGAGUUAUAUACAUCACAAACAAACAUACAAACUUUUACUGCUUUUCCAACCAAACCAACACAUCUAAAUAUCUAGCAUACUAAUGGUGGAAAAUUGACCAAAAAGAACAGAUAAAAUGCACAAAAAUCCAAAUUAUUUGAGAUGAUUUCAUUUUAUUGAAAACAUUAGCAAAAUAGAAUUUGAAUGGAUGGUAAUAAUUUCAACAUCAGAAAGAAUGUACAUUGACAAAGAUAGUACUCCUCAUGAUAGGCUUGACCUCCAAUUUCAUUAAUGAAAUUGAUGAAAAUAUUUAAAAUGAUAUAAAUUACAUCGAGCCAUCUGUCUAGAUAUAACCUAGAGAGAGGUGUAAUAUUAAAUAUUAGUAGUUAGACUGCCAUUUCCACCACCUAGUGCAUCAAAGGAAUUCAUCUCACUGGGCUCUUGUUCACCAGUGUAAAGGCGACCGCACACCUUACGAUUGGUCUGCGACCCGAUUUCAGAAUAAAAUGUAGUAGAAUUUGAUGCUAAUAUUGAGACUUGGAAUAUCUUACUGUGUAAUGUUCUAAAUCAUCGUACGGAUACCUAUGUACAAAUCUGUGACUAUGCUAUCGUCCUUCUAAUAGAAUAAAAGCGAAUUUAAUAUCUAGUCGCAGUGGCGUACCGUGGGUCAUGGCAUUGGGGGGGCACCAGCAAAAAUGUUGAGUCACUUAGAGAGCGCGCGAAGCGCGCUCAUUUGCCAGGUAUACUGACCUAAUAGAGACAUUUUAAGGACAGUGCCAUUAAACGGAUAUGUAUCUCACUUAUCAAAUAAUACGAGCGCGAAGCGCGAGCUGAAAAUUUUUGAUAUUCAGACGUAAGAAAGGAUAUAAGCAAAGUUUUGUAAUCAUGAUACGUACCUCUCUCAGAAAACAAACAAUGCAAGCGCGAGCUGAAUUUUUUUGUAUAUAUUGACCCGAAAAGGGGACAUUUUAAGGACUGUUUUAGGGAAUUCAUGAAGUGCAUACAUAUCUAACCAUAGUCAUCUAUUGCGAGCGCCAUGCAAGCGCUUGCUGAUUUUGUUAGAAUUAGACUUAACCCAUGAAACAUCUUUGUAGUUAUUGUAAUCAUGAAUAUGAUACAUAUCUGACUAAUCAAAUAUUGCAAGCGCGAAGCGCGAGCUGAAAAUUUUUGAAAUUCAGACCUGAAGAGGGGCAUUCUAAGGCUUGUUUGUAGGAAUUCACAAAGAACAUACAAAUUUCACUAACCAAAUGAUGCGAGCGCGAAGCGCGAGCUUAAAUUUUUUUAUAUGAAGAGCAGACACCUCGCCAGUCCACAAAUGCUAACGCAAUCACGGACAGGAAAUGUUUGAUAUUCAGACCUUAAAAGGGGGCAAUCAUGAAAAAGUCAUUAAAAAAGCAUAUGUCACUACAUAAUUUCUUCUUGCCCACUACGUUUCUCUUUCUUUCUCCUUCUUUUUCUCCUCCCCCCGCCCUUUUUUUUUUUUUUUUUGCCAGCCGAUUGGGGGGGCACGUGCCCCCCCAUGCCCCCCCGUAGUUACGCCACUGUCUAGUCAUAAUGACGUCAUAGCAAUCGUACGAUUGGCUACGAUUUGAAACUAAUUUGACCUUUACUCCAAAAUAAAAGCUUGCAAUCUUUCAAAAUGGUUAUAUUAGUAUUCUUUCAAUUAAUUUUAACCUCAAAUAAAAUGAUAUGUUCCAUUCACAUUUUCAGAAAAUGAGCAAAACGCGAUAUGUUCCAAAAUCGGAUCGCGAACAGUCGUUAAGGUGUGCGGUGGCCUUAAAGCAUCUAGGACUCUGUAUCUAUGUUAUCUCUGUUUAGGUGCAUCCUCUCUCUUCGUGAAUCCUACCUGUACCAGGAUGUGUGAUAGGGGGAUUGUACCUCUGAAUGAAGUAUGAACAUCCUAACUACAUGAUCUUCCUGAAAUGAUUUUUGAAAAGCUUUCAAAUGUUCAUCGUUAAGUAGUUCAUGGAUUGAAGUCAAAAUGGAGAAAUAUAGUGGUUGGCUGUACAUAAAGUUUUAUUGAAUUGCCCCUGUACGGAAUUAGAGGAUUGAAGAGGAAUAGUUACCGGUACCCACCUGAGAGUAGAGUACCUAUACAAUUUUCUGGUUUGAGGGAGAGAAGUAAAGAUAAUAAAAAUGUAUAUGUAUGCACAAUAAUUGAACAAGUUAAAAAGAACAUUCCAUUUCUUACUGAAAGUAUUUAUACAUGCUUAUUUG